CCAAUUUCCAUCCUUCUCUUCUCAAAAAGAAACUCUCCUUAAACCCCCUCAUGUUCUUUUCUCUUUUUGGUCUAAGCAACCAUGGCAAUCUUUAACACUCCCUCCACAGUCUUUUUGUCCUUCUCUCUCCUCCUAUUUCUCUCUCCACAACUUUCUCACUCUUCCUCCUCCAUCCAUGAUCUUCUCCGUUCAAAAGGGUUACCAGCUGGUCUCUUACCAGAGGAGGUAAAGUCCUAUACUUUCUCAGAAAAUGGACACUUGGAAGUGUUCCUAGAUGCACCUUGCUUGACAAAGUACGAGAACAGGGUCCUGUUUGAACAAGUUGUCACUGCUAACCUCACCUAUGGUAGCCUCAUAGGAGUGGAGGGUCUCCAACAAGAAGAGUUGUUUGUGUGGCUACCUGUUAAAGACAUUAUAGUAAAUGAUCCAUCUUCAGGGUUGAUACUAUUUGACAUUGGAGUUGCCCACAAACAGCUUUCUCUGUCUCUCUUUGAAGAUCCACCUCACUGCAAGCCAGAAGGUGAGUUGAGGAAUCAUGUGAGGAAGGAAAAAGGAUUUGAGGCCUUGAGGUAGAAAAAGAUGCCACAAUGUUUUCAAGCUUCAGCUGUUGUCUUUUUCUAUGUCAUGUUUAUAUGAUUUUAGCCUUGCAAUGCAACUAUAGUCAUAUGAAUGAGUAGGUGUUUGUAGCGUAGAGGUUGAGGUUGUUGAGAGCAUGUAAAGAUGUGGGGAGAGAAAGGG